AUGCGUUCUGUAGUUGAAAUAGGAGCUAGUGUCCCAGCAUUUUUGGGAAAGCUUUGGAAAUUGGUAAACGAUUCAGAGACCAAUCAUCUGAUCUCAUGGAGUCCAGGAGGAAAAACAUUUGUUAUAAAAAAUCAGGCGGAUUUCGCCAGAGAACUAUUGCCUCUAUAUUAUAAACACAAUAAUAUGGCAAGUUUUAUCAGACAAUUAAAUAUGUAUGGCUUUCACAAAAUAACAUCGGUUGAAAACGGAGGAUUGAGAUAUGAAAAGGAUGAAAUUGAGUUCUCACACCCUUGCUUCAUGAGAGGUCAUGCAUAUUUACUAGAACACAUAAAAAGAAAAAUCGCAAAUCCCAAAUCAAUUGUAGCAAGUAGUGAAGGUGGUGACAAAAUUAUUCUAAAACCAGAAUUGAUGAACAAAGUAUUAGCGGAUGUUAAACAAAUGAAAGGCAAACAGGAAAGUCUUGAUGCUAAAUUCAGUGCUAUGAAACAAGAGAAUGAAGCGUUAUGGCGGGAAGUAGCCAUACUAAGGCAGAAGCAUAUAAAACAACAACAAAUUGUGAACAAUUUAAUACAAUUCCUAAUGUCACUCGUUCAACCAGCAAGACCACCUCCACCCAAUGGUAACAAUGUUGGUGUAAAGAGGCCCUACCAGUUAAUGAUAAAUAAUGCAGCAUUUAAUCCAAAUGAUGCAUAUCCAGGAAGAGUGAAAAAUGUCAAACUUGACAAAGAAGUCUUAGAGGAAAUUAAUGAAGAUAAUUUGGAGGAUGGCCCAACCAUUCAUGAAUUGGCACAUGAUGAUAUCCUUCACAAUGAAGUGACACAGGAUUCCUUGGAUGGAAGUGGUUUUGUAACAGUUAAUUUAUCAUCUUUACCAAUUGUAAAUGCACAGAACUCUGAAAAUAUAGCAUUGCCCACCCAGUACCACGUUACUAUGGAAGAUGGAGAUGACAUUGAAACAGAUGGAUCCAGAUUAAAGUAUGCCAUUAGCUCUAGUAAUGGACUGUUAAGUCCAAGUUCUCAGCCGAUUGUAACAUCACCAUCACCAGUACUUUCUACAUCUCCAAUAGGUCAUGUUACCCACGAGCAAAACAUAGUGACUGUACCCAGUACAUCAAAGGCAAAAACAAAGAGCAGCGGAAAGAAAAACGUAGGCAACACAAAAAAUACAUUACUUAUAAACAACUUUAACUCAAUAAACCCAUCACCUGAUUUUAAACUUCCUGCUGAGAUAUUUGCCAGCGAUGACUCAGUGAGUGAUGCCGGGGCCGGUGCCACUGAGGAGGCUAACGCGUUCCAGGAUGUAAUAAACGGACAAGACCCCCUUGUAUCCACUUCAAGGGACAAGAUGCUCGGAGGGAUUAAUAUCAAAAUUGAGAAGGUACCUGAACCGAAACAGAUUUGUACAGGAAAGAAGUCAAAGAAAUCCAAAGAAAAUGCAGCAUGUUUAAAUUUAGCUGAUAUUAAGACUGAACUUCAAGAUGAUUUUGACUGGAAUAGUAUGACCUUGGCAACAGUGCACAAUAAUCCAAACUUAAACAAGUUACAAACUAUGUGUAGGAGGGAUAACAUCAAUCAAAAUCGAGAGGAUUAUUCUCAUUUCGGAUCAAAUACAAACAAGAAUGAUAUUGACGAUCAUUUGGAUACAAUGCAGACAGAUUUGGAAUCAUUGAGGGAACUUUUGAGAAGCGACACCUACUCUCUAGACACCAAUACACUAUUAGGGUUGUUUGGAUCUGACGAUCCUUUCUACGGUCUGUCUUAUAAUGCAGCAGAUGAACGAGCCAAGGCGAGCAAUAAUGCUGAAGGGAAUCAGUUAAUAUCGUAUACAGGGAAUAUUCCAGACUUUGAAGACAUAUCGAUACCCGACUUGGAUGCCGAUCAUGCCAUGUCUCCCAGCCCGAGUAGUACUCUUAAUACGCCGCAAAUUGAAGCUCGUUCGCCUUCAUACGUUUUGAAGCAAUGA